AUGGCAAUCUUUGGUGGCAUGCAGCUGCAGCUGUCCUGGCUCCCUGUUCUGCAACUUCUGUCCUUGCUUGGAGUUGUAGAAGCAGCUGACAUGUUUCUGUUUUUGGGAGAAGAGAAGAUGGUUGAGUUCUGUGAGGAGGGUUGUGGGGUGGCUGAAUGGCUGAUGGGUGGUAUUAUAAGAACGGGGUUGAGUAUCAGCUCAGUUGAGGCUAGCCAUUUUGUUCUCUUGGGUAGACACUGCACUGUAACCUUGGUCUCCAUGUGUGGUCAGCACAGAAAGUACACCUACAACAACUUUCACUAUUUCCCUUCCUCGACAAUGGGCACUUCAAAUCCUGCUGAAGUUUCUUCUAAUCCUAUGUCUUUGGUAAAAGAUGAUAUGAUGAGCACUGAUUAUCCCCCAUCAUUAGGAAAAGAUGAUGAGAUGUGUGUUGAGAAUCCUCCUGAUCUGUCUUCUAAUUCUCCACCAUUAGGAAAAGAUGGUAUGAUGAGCAUUGUGAAUCCUAUUGAAGAGUUUUCUAAUCCUGUGUCACCAAGAAAAGAUGUUAUGGUGGACAAUGUAGAAAGUUGUCAUAAUGUUAAUGAGAAACAAAUUAGAGACUUUAGUGAGCUUAAGGAAACUAAGGACGAAGCACCUAAGGGAAAGGGUGAGGAGGUUGAAAAUAAAAUGAAGGAAAGCCAAAAUAGGAGCACUAUUGACAAAAGUCCUAAGGAAGAUUCAGAUAGUAGUCCGCUAAAGGCUAUUAAUCCUCCUGAAGGAUCUCGUAAAGCAGAGUUGAGUGACAAGAAUACUCCACAAUCAUUGAAGGCAAAAUCUAAAAUUGUUAAGAAAUCUCAUGUUGGUAUACUGAAGGCUAAGAAGAACAAUGAUACUCAACAAAAGCGUGGCAAAAGAAGAAUUAGUUCUUCCAAAAAAUUGGUGGACAAUGCUGAAAGUUGUCAUAAUGCAAAUGAGAAACAAAUUUCAAACUGUAGCCAACUGAAGGAAGCUAAUAAUGAACCACCAAAGGGGAAAAGUCAAGAGGUUCAAAAUAUAGUAAAAGAAAAUCAAAACAAGAGCACCAAUGGCAAAAGUCGUAGGGAGAAGAGCGAGCAAGCUCGAAAAGAUAAGAAUAGUCAAUUGGAUAAGACUGAGCAAAAACAAGAGAGUGAAGAGAAGCACAGGGAGUUAAGCAAGGGUUCUAACGGUAGGAAAAACAAAGGUAAGAGAAGUGGCAUGGCAAGGAGUCAAUUAAAAGAUGAGAAGGGUGAAAAACUUGGUGGUUUCAUCUUUAUGUGCAGUGCAAAGACAAAACCUGAUUGUUUCCGCUAUCGUGUCAUGGGUGUUUCAGCUGGUAAAAAGGAUGAUGUUUUACAAAUCAAACCUGGGCUUAAGCUUUUUCUUUAUGACUUUGAUCUGAAGCUACUGUAUGGUAUUUACAAGGCUUCGUCUUCUGGUGGCAUGAAGCUUGAACCUAAAGCUUUUGGUGGCAAAUUUCCUGCUCAGGUGCGGUUUAAAAUUGUUGCUGAUUGUUUCCCACUACCUGAGAACAUCUUCAAAAAAGCCAUCAAGGAUAAUUAUAAUGAAAAAUCCAAGUUCAGAACAGAACUUUCUAUUAGACAAGUGAGGAAGCUCACUCAACUUUUUCGACCACUCGGAAUUCAUUCAGACAUGCACCCUAUCCAUUCCCAACCAAAAGUAAUAAUUCGAGAAAGGGAAGCUCCUGAUGAUGUUAGGGGAUCACGGUCUCGAUUGCAUAGGGAAAACUAUGAUGUUGAAUUUCUCUAUAGGGAUAAUCAAUUUGACCAACCGCAGGAAAUUGCUCAUGAUAUGUCUCGAAUGGAAAAUUACCAAGCAUAUGGUCUACCAAGAGAUAGAAGAAAUGUGGCUACCACCACAUCACAUGUUAAGCCUACAUUGGAAUCUUAUGAGGGAGACUAUCAACCCCAUCACAUGGACCUUGGGCAUUUGAGAAAUGUUCCUUCUCAAGUACAAAGUGUUCGAACUGAUCCUCUUUAUUUCAAUGACUCUAGGGGUCCUCCUUAUUUGAACGACAAUAGGGGUCCUCCUUAUUUGAACAACAAUAGGGAUCCUCCUUAUUUGAAUGACAAUAGGGAUUCUCCUUAUUUGAUUGACAACAGGGAUCCAUAUGAUGCCUAUCCUCAUGGUCUUUCACAUAGGGAUGCAUAUUUGGCACCUUUAAGUAGGGAGGAAAUCUCUGCGAACUCUCCUUUGGUUAGGGCAAGAUCUUUUGUUGAGAUGGAUAACUUGCCAAGGAGAGAGGUUGUUCAAGGUAGGCAUUAUCCAAUAUAUUCUGCCCUUGAUCAUCUUCGAGUGCGACCAUAUCAUGAAGAUAGGUUGGAAGCUUUGCCUGCGCCCAUUCUAUCUCGUUACUCUUUUGCUGGCCCUUCGUUUCGUCGUCGUUGA